AUGUCAACUUUCAUCGAUCUCGGCGUUAAUUACGAGCUAGGGUCAUACUACGAAAGGGGUCGACUACCUUCUAUGGUCAAUGCACCCGGUACACCCUUUCACCAAUGUCGUAAGCUCCGGAUAAUCUAUGAAAGGUACAUCUUGCAUCCAACAAUCAUGGUCCCAUUGACUGUCCUGAUCUGCCUGGUAACAGGACUCGUUUCGACAUCGGCCCAUCCAGCGCUGCCGUCGCUCAACAAAAGAGAUGGGGUGGCCUUAUACUUUUCACCCAUGACCAAUAGCAAUUUGUGUAUGAUUUGGGACAAUUCCAAGUCCGAUGCCUCCGGUCCAGCAUCAGACCCAACACUGGGAUUUGAAAAAUGUGCGGUCAAUAAUGGCCAACAAUGGAAUUUUAACCCGUUGGUCGACCAAAGCGCCGAGUUCGAUACUGUUCAAGACGAAACUUGUUGUCUCGCUCUUUAUAAUGAAACUUCUGUUCAAGGCGAUUGUGGUGAUCCAAACGACAGAACGAUCCCUCAACCCCAUUAUUCAUUUCAGUGGAAAUGGACAAGAGAUAGUCGGAUUCAAUCUACUAACACCUCGACCAAGUGUAUGUCUCUUAUGUCGGACGGGAAAAGUCUAGGGGUUGAUGAUUGUAACAAUGCUACUCCAUGGGCAUUCGGAGUUACACCAACCUUCUCUUCCCUGGCUACAGGAAAAGCAAAAUAUAAUAAAUUUUCAGAUACCGAUAAGGGAUUCAGGAUCCACGGUUUAGGAAGAGAAGAUUUAUGUUUGUUUGCAUCUGCUCUUUCAGGUGAUCUUGUUCAGGAAUCAGCCAUGGUACUAGCUCCAUGUGUUGCCUCUGACUCACCAAUGGCAAAAUAUCAUCUCUUCAACGUCUCUCUCCCUACAAAUCACCCCACAUUAACAUACAUGGGUUCACUCACUUUUGCUAUGAAAGAUAAAUCUAAUCAACAAUAUUGUGUGGAUAUGGGUCCUGGACCCGUUAUGGGUACUCAAUUGUUAACUUGGAAAUGUUUAGGCGGACCUUCACAAACUUUUCUACUGGAAGAUAACUCUCUCAAAAUGCCAGGAACGAAUUGGUGUGCUCAAGUCAUUGGGUCGGGUCAACUCCCAGGUGACGAAAAAGACUUUAAUCCAAUGUACAAUGUGGUGAUGAAUCAAUGUGAUCCAUCUAACGAUGCCCAGACUGACAAUCAACGAGCCUCUGCUGACUCUGUUGUGGUAGGGCGUUGGAGGCAGCACAGGAUAGCUGAAGAAGUGUCAGGAUCACUGUCAGAGUCGUACUCUGGUCACCAUCUCCUUCCCCCGUAUACUACAUCACCUGGUUUGUUCCCUACGAGACCGUAUAGCCUAUAUCUCAUUGACGCAGACUAUCUUCAACGUCUGGUCUUGACCAUAUGGAUCAAAAGCACUCCUUCAAAGGUUACGAUUGUGGAGAGUGACAUGAGGGACCUCAAAGCAAUGUUCAGCUUUGGGAAGACUCUCAGAGGGGUUGGCGAGCUUGUAGCCGAUGGCGGCGUCCAUAGUCGUAAUAAUGCUACGUAUGAACAAGGAGAAGAAGUUUCCGAAUGGUUAUCUCAUUCAUGGGCCAAUAACUACCUUUCAACGAAGUCAUCCUCAAUUAUGAUUUUGAAUCAAUUCGUCAUAGGCGCUUAUCAAUUUUGUUUACGUCGUCUUGAGGGAAGCUUUUAG